AUGGCUGUUCGAGCGCAAUUUGAGAACUCCAACGAUGUGGGCGUGUUUGCGACAUUGACGAAUUCCUAUGCCAUAGUUGCUAUUGGAGGAUCGGAGAACUUUUAUAGCAUAUUCGAAUCCGAGUUGCAGGAUGUCAUACCCAUCUGCCAUGCCUCAAUAGCAGGAACAAGGAUCGUGGGCCGUUUGACAGCUGGAAACCGAAAGGGCCUUCUAGUGCCUACUACAACUACUGACCAGGAACUACAACACCUACGCAACUCGAUUCCGGACAGUGUCAAGGUCCAGAGAACAGAAGAGAGACUUUCCGCCUUGGGGAACGUUAUAUGUUGUAACGACCAUGUUGCUCUCGUACACCCUGAUUUAGAGCGUGAAACGGAAGAAAUAAUAGCAGAUGUCCUCGGUGUAGAAGUAUUCCGUCAGACUAUUGCUGAUAAUGUCCUAACGGGCUCUUACAUGGCUUUGUCAAACCAGGGUGGCAUUGUCCAUCCUAAGACAUCGAUACAAGACCAAGACGAACUUUCCUCCCUGCUACAAGUACCGCUUGUUGCCGGUAGUGUUAACCGUGGUUCCGCCGUCGUUGGUGCCGGGAUGGUCGUUAACGACUGGCUAGCUAUUACUGGACUAGACACUACCGCUACCGAGCUCAGUGUCAUGGAAGGUGUGUUCAAACUCGGUGAAGGUGCAAGCGGUGCUGGAACAGCUACCAAGGAGACCAUCGUGGAGAGUUUCUACUGA